AUAGAGCGUCUAAGGUUGGUUCUAACAGGAAAUACAAAUAAAGUUUUUUCAUCUAACUGUUCCAAUAUGGCAGCGCCUACGAGUCGUAGUUUGUUACGGAUAUUUAGGAAAUGUUCCCGGGACCAUAAUUUUCAAUCGUGGUUGAAGUCGGAACGACGAUCAACAUGCCACAUUUCUGGAAACAGUAUACAAGACAGACAUAACGCAGCUGACCAAAGUAAUGAUAGCGAGAAUACAUUGCCAUCGCUACGGACUUCAGAAAGCGGGUGGGGCAGGGGCAAACAUCGGACUAAUUUAAUUUGGACAGCCUUCGCGACCGGGUUUGGAGUCGGUGGAGCCGCACUUUUUUAUUCUUUCAGAAAUGAGGAGAAGCAGUGUGGGUUUGGGAGAUUCACAAUCAAUACUCACUCUGUCCUGGAGAACGUGCUGUUAACAGCGCGAUGUGCUUCCCCUUUCAAACCUGACACGCCGCGUUACAGAUACAACUUCAUUGCAGAUGUGGUGGAAAAAUCUGCACCUGCAGUUGUGUACAUUGAGAUAAUGGGAAGGCACCCGUUUUCCGGCAGGGAAGUCCCCAUCUCCAAUGGCUCUGGUUUUAUCAUCAAUCAAGAUGGACUUAUUGUCACGAAUGCCCAUGUUGUUGCCAACAAACGCGGCGUCCGAGUUAAACUGACAAACGGGGAGACGUACAAUGCCACAGUUCAAGAUGUAGACCAGGUUGCAGACAUUGCAACAAUCAAAAUCAAUGCUCAGCACCCUUUACCCACCCUGCCCUUGGGGCAUUCCGCUGAGGUGCGGCAGGGUGAGUUUGUGGUCGCCAUGGGGAGUCCUUUCGCCCUCCGUAACACCAUAACAUCAGGUAUCGUCAGCUCUGUGCAGAGGGGCAGCCGCGAGCUGGGCUUGUCCAACUCCAACAUGGACUACAUCCAAACAGACGCUGCGAUUGACUUUGGAAAUUCUGGUGGCCCUCUUAUUAACCUGGACGGUGAGGUCAUCGGUAUCAACACCAUGAAGGUGACUGCUGGCAUCUCCUUUGCCAUCCCCUCAGACAGUCUCAGACGUUUCCUCGACCGAGCCGCUGACAAGAAGAAGUCGUGGUUUGGUGAGAGUGAAGCAAAGCGGCGAUACAUUGGGGUGAUGAUGCUGACUCUAACGCCGAGCAUCAUUGCAGAGCUGAAGAUGAGAGACCCAUCCUUUCCUGAUGUCUCCCACGGAAUUCUGAUCCAGCGCGUUAUCGUAGGGUCCCCUGCCAUUCGGGCGGGGCUGAAACCAGGCGACAUUGUGGUGAAGAUAAACGGGACAUCGGUGAAAACGUCGGAGGACAUCUACAACGCCGUGCGCACCAGCGACAGCAUUAACUUGGUCGUGAGGCGUGGCCCUGAUCUGCUUAUGCUACACGUGACUCCUGAGUUUGCGGAGUGACAGCCCCUUCACCAGGAUUACAGGACACUGGGGUAGGGUAACAGUGCCUAUGGGCACAGGAGGCCGUUGGAGGGCUAUGGCUACAUGCUCCAAAUUGCUUUUUUCAAAAAUUGGUCUGAGAGGUAGAUGGAGGUUGAUUUGGAAAAACUUGGAAUGGCAUGACCAGCAUUCGGCAGUACUUUGCUCCAGAGAAGUCUUGCUCCAGAGAACAGUUUUGCCUUUAAUUUAUUUUCAACAAAUUUAUCUGUCUGCAUUUCUGAUUGGGACAGUUGAAUAAUAGUUUUGUAAUCUGAAGAACAGUAUUAAGUAUGUGUCUGAAAGACCCACCGCUGGUGUAGGUUUUCAUUUGUAUUUUCCACGCAUGUGUUCUUAAUCAAUGAAGAGUACAGUCAGUUAUGGAAAUGUGACGUAAAGAUAAAUGAGAAAUUUUAUGCAAAUUCAAGUGCUCUGCCUGCUAUUACUACUGUGAAAAAGUAGAUCUUGGAGUCCCUGAUUUAAGGUCUCUUGAUGGAACAUGGAACAGUUUAGACUGUUCUAUGAAAGCUUGGAGAUAAAUUUGGAAUAAAGAGUUUCAGACCUUAUUUGUUGUUGAAAAAAAUGUGGUAGGUCUUUAUGUUUAUCUAUUCUACAAAUUAGUAAUUAGUCCUUUGACUUCAGUCCUGGAGGUCUGCAAUGUCUGCCUGGUUUUCAGGGUGUUCUCAGCAUCAGUUAUUCAUUUAAGUCGCUGAUGGGCUAAGGAAUCCACACACCUUGUACUCAAGGCCUUGACUGACAGCUCAUUGAAAGAAAAUCACAAACGCCUGCAGACAAUGCAGCCCCCUGGGAAUUUGACAGCCUGCCUUAGUAUAAGAACAGGAGCCUAUUUAUGAAAGACUGAAGAUCAGCAGAUUAAUUGGCAAAUGUGUGUUUUAGGGCCAUUGUAAUGCCCCAAACUGAGAGAUGUAUCAAUGCUUAUGAUCUAAAAACAUCAUCAAACUUCCUCUGUUUUUUUGGUUCCCUCCUGUCUUUUCGUAUUGCUUGUAAAAGACAAUCCCAUGGAUUUUCAAAAUCUGUUACUUAUCAUUUUAAUCCGUUUAUCCAUUUACUUACAUGUUUCAAAACUACUGGAUAUGUCUGUUGGAAAGCAGGCAUAAUAAAACUAUAAUAUAUAAAAUAAAUAAAAUUUGAAAAAUAAAAACGUUGAAAAGAUUUAAUUUA